ACUGUGUGCACGCAUGUGUGUGUGUGUGUCUGAGUGUUAAGAUCUCCAGCUAGUAAAAAGCUUCAGAGAAAACUGCACUGUGUUUAUUUCCCUUCAGUUGGUUUGUGGGCUUCUGGAUGUUUUUUUUUUUUACCUCUUUUCUCUGGACUUACCAAGGGAAACAAAUGCAGGACGUCUUUGGGAUCCUGUUGAUGUUCACAGGAGCUGCAUCAGGUUUGCUGUUUCAGGAUCCUGUUGUCUGUAGAUUUACUCAGACGAACCAGUGUUAUGUGGCUCUGGGACAACAACUGCACCUGAAAAUGCCCCUGGAGGAAAGGCUUGAUCUUCAGUUCAUCAAUGAGACAUCUGGUGCUCAUCGAAUUUUAAGAUAUAGAAAAGCCGAUAGUCUCCCACCAAGACCACUUCUCCCAUGGCAGUUUGUUAAUGAUAAUAAAACUCUGAUCCUCAGCAGUGUAGAGAGGAACAACUCUGGAAAAUACACUUUAUUCACCUUUGAUGCAAACGGGAAUACUAAAGGCGAUUAUAAUCUCCAGCUGAUCAUUGAAGCUAAAGUGUCUUCAGUAAAAGUGUCCUGCAGCUGCUUGGCAACUGAAGUCAUGAAAGUGGAUUGUUCUGCUGAUGGAGACAACCUCCGCUUCACCUGGACUUCUGAUUCAAACACAUUCCUUCAAUUGAAGAACGGGACCAGGAGUUUUGAACUGGUUAAAGACCAUCAUGGAAGUGUCACCUGCCAUGUAGAAAAUCAUGUCAGCCAUGAAACCGAUACCACUGAACUCUGCUCAUGUCCUGGUUUCAUGGUGUUUGUGUCUGUGUGGCUCUUUGAAGUCAUCAUCCUGCUGUCGCUGUUAGUGGGAGCGUUUUAUAUUUACACCAGAAUCUACAGGAAGCAGAGAAUAACAGAGUUCAGUGUGGAUGAGUUCCUGGAUGGAGGAGAGCAACCAUGGACUGAUUCUUCUGUUCCUGAUCCAGGUUUACAGAGCUUCCUGAUCCAGAUCUGUGGAAGGAAAUGUCACUCAUGUGAUCAGUGCACCGACAUCAGCAUGGAAGCUUCACAUAUUCUGGUGUAA